AUGUCUUUUCCAUGGAAGAAGGUGAAGAAGACAAGUAUAUGUCAAUUGGUGAAGGACCAUAUUCGUUUUCACAGGAAUGGUGGAUCUCCUCUUAUAGUAGAGACUGGUUUCCCCACUUCCCUUGUCGAUCUUUUUUUCAAGAAUCGCCAAAGGUUCAUAAAACCUUCCAAGAAAAAGGUGGCUAAGCCCACUUUGAGCUCUCCUUCUUCUCUGAAUUUGCAUUUGCCUUUUCCUAUGACUCCAACUUCACCAGCCACUUACACAAUUAAUAAGGGGUCUCAGUUAAAGGAUGAAAGAUUUGAUCUUGAUGAAGAUAUCGAUACGAAUAGGCUGUUAAUAUCCCUUCUGAAGAUCUUUCUGGUGGUGGUUUUAGUUUUAGGAGCAAAGAACCUUUUAAUGGGGAUAACAAUGUCAGCUUUCUUGUUGUUUUUCUUGGAAUAUUCAGGGGAAUGUUUGUAUAGAUGGCUCAUGCCUUGUGCAGGAGCAAAAAGGAGGAUUCUUUUAAUGGUUUGCAGAUUUAUUGGAGGCAAAAUGGUUGAGUUAGAAAAAGAUGAAUGUGUUUUUAAAGCACCAUCACUAAAAGAAGAGUUGGCUAAUCAAUGUAUUAAGGAGAAAACUGAUGAGUCUAAUUGGGAUAGCAAAUUGAAAUGUGAAGGAAUGGACUCAAAGGGAAAAGAAGAGGAAUUGAGGAGUGAGUUGUUGGAAUCCAGGAAAAAGAAAUCUCAUAAAUCCAAUAUGAAAUCCAAGAUGAAGAAAUUUCUUUCAAACAAGUUCAGAAAGAAAAUAAGUUCAAUGAUUGUCAAGUGA